AUGGUGAUCGAGCUUAACAAGCGUGGAAGCAAAUCAACAGAAUUAGCAAAAACUUCCUCCUCAAUAUCAACCGAGGAAACGACUUUUGUUGGGAUGAAGGAUGACUACGAAGCCAUACUAAACUGCCUCAAUGCCCAAACAAAAGAGCUAAUAGUCAUAUCACUUGUUGGUAUGGGCGGUAUAGGUAAGACAACUCUUGCUAGAAAAGUUUUUGAUAACUCAAUUAUUCGUGAUCGAUAUGAUAAACAUGCAUGGGUCACCAUAUCUGAACAAUAUAAUAAGAGACAAAUGCUUCUUGAAGUUGCCUCUUCAAUUACUGGAAUCAACAAUCAAGAAAUGAGCAAUGAUGAAUUAAUGGUGAUUGUGUAUAGAGGUCUCAAGGGUAGGAGAUUUCUAAUUGUCAUAGAUGAUCUUUGGAACACUGAGGCUUGGGACCAAAUGCGAAGAAUAUUUCAAAAUGAUAACAACAAAAGCCGAAUUAUACUAACCACUCGUCUCAAAGAUGUUGCUGAUUAUGCUAGUUGUCGUGAUUUUCCUCCUCGUGAUGUGUCUUUCCUAAGUUUAGAUGAUAGCUGGAAACUAUUUACCGAAAGACUAUUGAUAAAAGAUCCUUGUCCUCCUCAACUAGAAGAAAUAGGGAAGCAUAUUGUACGGAAAUGUCAAGGAUUACCUCUCUCAAUCGUUGUCGUUGCUGGAAUUCUUGGAAAAAUGGAUCCAACGCAUGACAACUGGAAGAAAGUAGAGGGAAAUUUGAACUCAUUCUUUGGUACAGUGUCUGAACAAUGUCAAGUAAUACUUUCUUUGAGCUACAGUUAUUUGCCCCAUUAUUUGAAGAGCUGUUUUCUCUAUGUUGGAGGUUUUCCUGAAGAUAUGGAAAUUGUUAUUUCAAAGUUGAUUAGGCUAUGGAUAGCUGAGCAAUUUGUAAACUCAAGAAGCGAUAAAAGUUUAGAAGUGGUGGCAAAGGAGUAUCUACAGGACUUAAUUGAUAGAAGUCUAAUUUUGGUUGGUACACGAAAGGCUAAUGGAAGCAUGAAAACUUGCAAGAUUCAUGAUCUUCUUCGACACCUAUGCAUAAGAGAAGCUCAAAUUGAGAAUUGUUUGCAGGUCAUAAAUUAUAAUGUCCACAACUCCAAAGAAGACAUAAAUUACCAACGACGAGUGAUGCUUCUUCUUAAUAUUGACAUGAGGCAUGUUUAUCUUCCGGAACACGGGAGUGGUAUUACAAAUACAACUCGCAGCUUUGUUGUUAUGAGAAAUCCUAAUGAAGUUCGUGUAAUGUGUCCUAUUACUUCAUGUUUCAAGCUGCUUAAGGUUUUAGAUGUUUAUUCUAUUGAUUACGAUUUCUCUCGUGUUAUACCUCAGCUUGUACAUUUGAUAUAUGUUGCUGCAAACAUUAAGGAAGCUCCUUCAGUAGCCAGAUUGUGGAAUCUACAGACCAUAAUUCUCGAUACGUUAGCAGGCUGGAUCUACCUCCCUCUAGAGAUCUGGACAAUGUCAAAUGUAAGACAUCUUGAAAUUGGACGGGCUAUAGUUAUGGCUAAUCCUGUUGAGGCAGAAAGUCAUAAUAGUAUUGGAGAACAACCUGAAUCUUUGUACCUGAAUAACUUGCAAACACUCUCUCUCGAUUCCUCGUCUUUCUUGGCAGAAAUCCUAAAGAGAACACCCAAUGUAGAUAAGCUAAAGAUUAGAGCUGUUAAUCUACAUAACGAAUGGUCAUCUCUUCUUGAUUGUCUCAUUCUUCUACAGAGGCUUGAAAAGCUAAGCAUAAGAGCAAUAGCAGAAAAUGGUCCUCUCAUUCUCCCAAGUGCUUUUUGCGCGCCUAAUCUAAAAAAAUUAAGGUUAGAUUGGACUAAUUUGGCAUGGGAAGAUAUGGUUGUGCUGGCUAAUUUACCAAAUCUUGAGGUGCUCAAAACAGAAGGUGCAUUCAAUGGAACAAAAUGGAUACUAAAUGAACAUGUUGUGUUUCAAAAACUAAAGUAUCUACGAUUUGAGCUCGAAGAUCUUGAAAGUUGGGAAGCAUCUAGUGAUAAUUUUCUCGUGCUUGAGCAACUAAUCCUGAUUGAUAUCAAUGAGCUGGAUGAGAUUCCUGAGAGUAUUGGAGAAAUAGCCACUCUAAAAUUAAUUCAAAUAGAAAACUGUAGCUCUACAACAAUCACUAGUGCAACGAAGAUUCAAGAAGAGCAAGAAAGCUUGGGAAAUUAUGAGCUUCAAAUUCGAAUUAUAGUGCUCAAAGCAGAUCUUGCAUUCACGGGAACAGAUUGGGAUCUAAAUGAAGAUGUUGUGUUUCAAAAACUAAAAUAUCUACGAAUUAAGAGGGCAGAUGAUCUGGAAAUGUGGGAAGCAGCUAGUGAUAGUUUCCCGAUGCUUGAGCAACUAGUCCUUCAGCAUCUCGAAGAACUAGAGGAUAUUUAA